UAGUUCAAAUCAUCGAUACAUUAAUAGUGCUAUCGAUAUUUUACCAACGUUACUAAACACUAAUGUGCAGCCAACUUCAAGUCACACCUAAUUUUGUGUUGUCAUUGUAAACUGUUUUACAUCGAAACACCCGAAAUCUACUAAAAACAGCUUGUAAAAUGAACCAACAAUCACUUAAAGUUCGCCCAACAGACGUGCCCGUCCUCAAUGCGUCCGGCAAAGCCGUUCUGCCUACACAGCCAAAUUGUGUCAGUCAAUUAGCGCAUAUCCACCGCUUGCGCGACUCGGAAUUGAACUACAAGGAUCACCGAUACAAUAUUGAUAUGCAAAUGCUGCGCAAUCAUGAGGGACUAGGUGCCCCACUACGUAUGGGCAUGGAUCGUUUUGCUGCCCGUCAAGUCGGCCGUCUCCCUUUUCUGCACUCUAGCAAUAUGAUGGACGAUGUGUUAACUGGUCGCUGUGAUGAAAUUGCCUUUGAGGACUUCCUAAACAUUCCCGAACACAAUGAGCAGAUGCGUCAACCUCAUGCUGUCGUCGAGAAGUCCAUGGGCAUUUAUCUCUAGUUGAAUAAUUAUCACUUUCACAAGCAUCAACUUUAUAUUAAACAAAUAUGGAAAAAUAAACGGAUAACUCCUUUAAGGUGUGGAA